GCGGUUCGUCUGCUUCUGUCCAUCGGAAAGUUCUGGCGACUGACGAGAACUGAUUUUUUUCGUCUCUUCACUUCGUCAUUUGCCAUCGAGACGAGUGCUUGUGAACUUCACCGGAAAAUUACUGGUUUGUGCGGCAGUUUUGUGAUUGUAUUCGUUUGGAAUUCUUUUCAAGAAGCCAAAAACCUCAGUCAAAAUGGCGAACCAGGGCCCAGCAUACGGUGACAUGCUUGCAAGGAAGAAGAAGAUUGAAGGCAAGAGAGAUCACGCACAGGAACACGACAUGAUGGUUUUCAUCCAGCAGAUGACGGGCGUGCAAGAGCUGGACCUCGACAACUGUGAAUGCCUGAAGGACGGCAAAGUCCUCUGCCAGUUAAUAAAUGGUUUAAUUGACAGCAAAGUGAAGGUCGAUCACAAAACUACCCCUUUCUCAAUGAGAGCAAACCUGGAGGCAUUCAUCGAGGGAUGCAAGAGGUUCGGUGUAAACGAAGGAGACGUCUUCCAGGUGAACGACCUGUUUGAGGGCAAGAACGUUCCACAGUUCACUCAGUGCAUCUACGCUGUAGGACGCAAAUUGCAGAGUGAUGACCCGGACUACAAGGGCCCCAUCCUGGGCCCCAAAGCAUCCGUCGAGCACAAGCGUGAGUUCUCUCAGGAACAAAUGGACGCCGGGAAACACGUCCACUCACUUCAGAUGGGUUCUAGCAAGGGCGCCUCUCAGAAGGGACAGAGCUUUGGCGCACCCCGACAAAUCGUCAAUUAGAGAAACAAGCUUUAGACAAAACGGCUCCGAAAUAAUGUAAACAAAAGAGGAAUAAUACGGUAACUGAGAUAUCGCUACGAAAAAAAUUUACAACAAAAUGUAACACAAAUUAGUCACGUUAUAAUAGGUUUCACUUGUAGAUUUGCUACACUGACUCUGUGUACAGUGCGUCCCAAAAUAUCCGCAACUGAAAUAAUGGCGGUACGUGUUUCCGUAGCAACGCUAGAGCCUCACAAAACAAUUCUGCGGGUAUUUUGGGACACGCUGUAAUUUGUUCUAGCUUGUUAAAUUUUAUGUUUAUUAAACAAGAGGAAAUGGAAUUGGGGAGAAGCAAGGAGAAUAUUUAAGUUAUUCCUGAAUUAAACACUGUUUUGAAAGCUUGUAGAUGCAUGACAACAAUUGAAACAAUUGCAGGCAAUAAACAUACGACCCUUUAAUGACUUCUUUGUAGUUUCAUCUGACUGUAAGAACUUGUACUUAAGUGCUCUCAGUACUUCCAUUAAAACUAGCAUUCAUAAUAAUUUGAAAAGCACCUUUUCUGUUGCCAAAGAGUAUCAAAAAAAAAAGUUUCAUCUAAAUAUGGUUAUUGUACCAGUUUAGAAAGCUUAAAAGCUUAAGAACUUUUCAAUGCACCCCUGUGCUUUUGAUGCAUUCACCUUUUCAGCUAACACACACCAUUUUCCCAUUUGCUGACUGGUUUGCGAAUUCACCAGUGACAAACUGGUAUCUUAAAAAAAAGUGCCUGGUUUGAAAAUCAACCUAGCUAUAGCAAAAUAAAUUUUGGCAUAAACACCCCCAAAUAAGCAAACGUAUGUUACCUUUUUGGGUAAAUGCUUUCACAAUUUCUGCAAAUUGGGAGGUAAGUUCAUCAUUACUGGAGGAAAGAGGCACAUUCAAAAAAUUGAAAUGAAAAAACAAACAAAAAACCCCAAAAAACAAACAGUUUUUGGACUCUAAAUUACACUUCCUUUUGAUAUUGAAUGAAGUUUGGGAAUUUCAUAUCCUAGAUGAUCACAAUUUUUAAACCUGUUCCCUCAAACAGAGAAAGUGUCGCACUGUUCUAAAGUUAUGAUGAAUUUAUUGAACCAUCACAUGUAACGAUCACCAUUUUUCCAGUUCAGAACCAGCAAAAAAAAAAGCAGUAAAUUUAAUUUAUGAGGAACUUCACGCUUCAGUGAUUGUAUUUUAUUAAAGACUUUAGAAUAAAAUAGUAAAAAAAAGAGUUCAGUUUGUAAAAAAAGCAUGGUGAGUAGUACACAGCACGUAAUUUUUAUAGAAUUUUCUUUGGGUAAUGCUUAAAUUGCUUGCUUAUGUCUUCCCAAAGUAUUAAUGCACUAUUAAUGAGUUGGAGGCACGUAGAAGUUGAUAUCGGCUAUUUUUCCUGCGCACUGACUUGUAAUAUAGUCUCGAGAUAAAUUAUAAACACUCAUGAAAGAUGAUGCAUUGUGUAUUAGAUCCCUGUGUUUCUUACAAAGAUGAGAUAAUCUAUAAAUUUGCUGCUAAUGAGUUUUUUGCAUGCUCUUCCUAUGUAUAUGAUAAUGCUUUGUGUAAUAUGGAUAGUCUUUGUAGGUGCAGUUAAAAUAAGGACCCGAGUUAAAACCAGCACCUUUGAAGGUGCAGUUUAACCAGGGACCUGGGUUAAAACGAGCACCUUUGUAGGUGCAGUUUAACCAGGGGCCUGUGUUAAAACCAGCACCUUUGUAGGUGCAGUUUAAACAGGGGCCUGGGUUACAACGAGCACCUUUGUAGGUGCAGUUAAAAACAAGGACCUGGCUUGAUAUUUUUUGUCUCUUCUCGCUCGCAAUAAAACAUCUCGCUCUUUUAAAAAACA